AUGCCGAAAAAGUCUGGUGGCGGCUCCAAACUGGCGGUCUUAUUCGAUAUCCGCCUCUACAACUUGGAUCAUGACGUCUUGGUGGUAAAAGGUACCCAACAGGAAGCAGCUUCUUCCCUUCUUUCGGGUCGGAUUGUUUUGUCAAUAAACGAACCUUUGACGAUUCGAAGGUUGGGACUCCGUCUUUAUGCCACGCUUCGUUUGAACUGGACAGAAACCAUCCAAGCAGGCAAAACUGCCAUGCCCAAAAAUCACCGGUUUGACAAGAAAAUAUUUGAGCAUGUUUGGGAUGCCAACGAGUUCAACACACAUUUAUCAGAAAUGGCAGAAUUAUCUCGAGAGCACUCGGCCGAAAACCUUCGAGGAUCUCGACUCUCGUCCAAACGCAACAAGUCAUCUUCGAGUCUUCUGCUUUCUUCGCCUCAUGGCUCUUUCAGUAACCUAACCAGUCUCAACUCCAGCUCGCGUGGCGGCCGCAGUCACGUUCUUUCCACGGGAAACUACGAGAUCCCAUUCAGUGCCGUGCUUCCUGGAAGCAUGCCCGAAUCCGUAGAGGGACUUCCUGGCGGAUCUAUCAUCUACAAGCUCGAGGCAUCUAUUGAUCGCGGCAAGUUCCACCAGCCGUUGGUCACGAAAAAGCACAUCAGAGUGGUACGCACGUUGACGACCGAUGCAGUGGAGCUCUCGGAAACGGUGGCAGUGGAUAAUACCUGGCCUCAAAAGGUGGAAUAUUCGUUGAAUGUGCCCUCAAAGGCAAUUGCUAUAGGCUCUGGAACUCCGGUGAGCAUGAUGAUGGUUCCACUUCUCAAGGGCCUCGGUCUCGGAGACAUCAAGAUCCAGCUAGUGGAAUACUACUCUUACGUUGGUAUCAUCCCACCGGUACAUAACGGUGAACGUGUGGUCAGUGAAAACUUCAUUCCUAGGCCAACUGAAGAAGAGGCAGAAUAUCAGUUGGAUAAAUGGGAAGUGGAAUCGUUUAUUCGGGUUCCAGCUACCCUCUCCAAGUGUACCCAAGACUGUGAAAUCCAGAAUUACAUGAAGGUGCGCCAUAAACUCAAGUUCGUUAUAGGGUUGGUGAAUCCCGAUGGCCACGUUUCGGAACUUAGGGCGUCAUUGCCCGUGCAGUUAUUUAUCCUGCCCUUCAUCUCUGUGCGUGCCAAGCCUGAUGAACUAGACGAAGACUGCCAAGAUUCAGACGACGAAGAGUUGUUCACGACAGAAAGAUCCAGUUACACAAGCUUGAACGAAUUAGGCGGACAAGACUCGGCAAAUGUUUCGCACGAAAACUCGUACACAUCAUUAACAGGACUCAUGGCUCCGCCGCUAUACGAAAAACACAUCUACGAUCGUCUUUGGUCCGAAGUGCUGCCCAUUGAGUCACCACUUUCGUCAGGGUCAGCCACCCCUCGCGGCCCACCACCUGACGCCGACAUCGGUCAGUUUUCAAUGUCUCCCUUGGAUUCGGCACAGUUGAACGAGAACCUCCGACUUCUCAGCUUACAGCGUCAAAAUGACGAAGAUUCCAGUCGUCCUCCAUCGGCCGCAGGAACACCAGGCGGAAGAGCUACGUUCAAUCUCGGAGGUGAGCCCAGUGGUGGCCAGGAAGGCGAUUACUUGACUAGAGGAAGACCCAUACCCAUCAGAUCGUUAUCGCAAAAUUCGCAACUCUCGCCAACCUAUUCGCUUCCUCAUGGCCAGUCGCUCUCACCGCUCGUCAGUCCUGGACUUCUGUCUCCUCCAGCACAUCUUUCUCGAGUCGCAUCUGCUGCCUCAUCGCUAGAUGCCAGAAGCCUUACGAGGCUUCCUACGUACUCACAAGCUCUCAAGUCGGAUGCUAGUGAAGAAGUUCUUUCACCAGCUUACGAGCCUCCAACUUCAGGUUCGCACAUUGGAUCGCAUGGCCUGUUGGGCCUGAACAAUCUGAGCAGUCCAGGAUUAAACCUGCUCUCUUCAUCCCCUACACAUUCGAGUCACAUAGCAAGUCCCCAGCCCAGCAGAAUAUCCACCAUGCCGUCGCGAACUCCAGGACUACUGGUGAUAUCACCAAUGUCUGCGUCGCCAGGAAUUUCGCACCCACUCUUAUCGCAGCCCUCAAGUGUGGCCCAGCCUUCUAGCAGUGCUUCCUCUCGAAGUGCAGUUGCUGGAGCCCCAGCAAAGUCUACUUCUAGUUUGAACUUGCACAAUCUCCACUUUCUUAACAAGAAGAAGAAAUGA